CUGGGCUCGCGUCGCCGCCGCAGCUCUGGACAGAGGGACCGCUGCGCGGGACGGGAAGUGUGCGGGGCUCGCCAGACUUCUGCUUCUGACCAAGAUGGAGUAACAGGGAGUGAUUUAUCUUCUUGCCCAAACAACAACAGCAAAAAGGCAAAGUACAUGAAACAAUUGUUUGAAGACACUGGAUGUCAGACAAUGCAGGGCAGUCAUCUCUGGGAGAUGGAAAACCAACGAGCUUUGCCUUCUUGGAUCUCUCAUUCCUCAAGAAAGUAUCAGCAAGCACACAGAGGGCAUGGAAGCCCAGUCACUCCCUGCCCGGUUCCCCGCACCGGUGACCUUCAAGGAUGUGCUUGUGAACUUCACCAGGGAGGAGUGGAAGCUCCUGGACGCCGCGCAGCAGGUCAUGUACAGAGAUGUGAUGCUGGAGAACUAUAGGAACCUGGUUUCCUUGGGACAUCGACUUCCCAAGCCUGAUGUGAUCCUCCAGUUGGAAAAAGGGGAAGAGCCAUGGCUGGUGGAGAGAGGGACUCACCAAGAUGUCCAUCCAGAUUGGGAUACUGCAAUUGAAAUUAAAGCAAUUUCCAAUAAGAGCAUUUCUAAAGAUAAACAAUCCCAUGACAUUAAAAAGGAAGGAAUGGUAAAGAGUGAUCUGUGGUAUUUGUCAUUAGAAGAAGUCUGGAAAUGUGAAGAUCAGUUGGACAGGUAUCAGAAAAACCAGGACAAACAUUUGAGGCAAGUGGCAUUUACCCAAAAGAAAGUAUUUUCUCCAGAAAGAGUCAAUGAACAUGGUAAAUUCAGGGAAAACUGUCUUCUUCCUGGUCAGCUAGUACAGAGAGGGUAUUUCCACAAACAAGACUCAUGUACUAAAAGUUCAAAAGGUGAUUUAGUUAUUAGAUGUCAUCAGGAAAGCUCUGUAAGUAAUAGUAGUGAAUGUGGCCAAACCUUCUGUCGGAACAUUCACCAUAUUCAGUUUGCAAAAACUCAAACACGAGAUAAAUCCUACAAAUGCCCAGAGAAUGACAACUCUCAUAGGCAUGGCACAUCCCAUGGUAUAUCCAAGGGUAUACAUAGAGAGAAACCGUAUGAAUGUAAGGAAUGUGGAAAAUUCUUUAGCUGGCGUUCUAAUCUUACCAGGCACCGGCUUAUUCAUACCGGAGAAAAGCCCUAUGAAUGUAAAGAAUGUGGAAAAUCUUUCAGCCGUAGUUCUCACCUCAUUGGACAUCAAAAGACUCACACUGGUGAGGAACCCUAUGAAUGUAAAGAAUGUGGAAAAUCCUUCAGCUGGUUCUCCCACCUUGUUACCCAUCAGAGAACUCAUACAGGAGACAAACUCUACACAUGUAAUCAGUGUGGGAAGUCUUUUGUUCAUAGCUCCAGGCUUAUUAGGCACCAGAGAACUCAUACUGGAGAGAAACCUUAUGAAUGUUCUGAAUGUGGGAAAUCUUUCAGACAGAGCACACAUCUCAUUUUGCAUCAGAGAACUCAUGUUCGAGUGAGGCCCUAUGAAUGUAAUGAAUGUGGGAAGUCUUAUAGCCAGAGAUCUCACCUCGUUGUACAUCAUAGAACUCACACUGGACUGAAACCCUUUGAGUGUAAAGAUUGUGGAAAAUGCUUCAGUCGAAGUUCUCACCUUUUCUCACACCAAAGAACCCACACUGGAGAGAAACCAUACGAAUGUCAUGAUUGUGGAAAAUCCUUCAGCCAGAGUUCUGCCCUCAUUGUGCAUCAGAGAAUUCAUACUGGAGAGAAACCAUAUGAAUGUUGUCAGUGUGGGAAAGCCUUCAUUCGGAAGAAUGACCUCAUUAAGCAUCAGAGGAUCCAUAUUGGAGAAGGGACUUAUAAAUGUAACCGUUGCGAAAUUACGUUCGUCCUCAACUCUCCAUUUAUAGUACGUCAGAUAGCUCACACUGGAGAGCAGUUCCUAACCUGCAAUCGGUGUGGGACAGCACUUGUUAAUAGCCCUAACCUUAUGAGACACCAGACAAGUGAUAUUAGCGAAAGUACAUAUUAACAUAAUGAAUAUGAAAAACUUUUCACAAAGAACAGUAACUUUACUUAGCUUUGUAGAACUCUCUGGAGCAGUGGUUCUCAACCUUCCUAAUGCCGCAACCCUUUAAUACAGUUCCUCAUGUUAUGGUGACCCCCAACCAAAAAUUACUUUUGUUGCUACUUCAUAACUGUAAUUUUGCUACUGUUAAGAAUCGUAAUGUAAAUAUCUGGUAUGCAGGAUGUAUUUUCAUUGUUUGUGACCCACAGGUUGAGAACCGCUGCUCUGGAGAGAAGCUGUACAGCUGUAAUCCAUGUGGAAAGGCUUUCAGUCUUGUACUGUCCUUUAUUUUUUUUGCACUGAGGACAUCACUAAUCCAUAGUGUGUGUAUGAAUUCAUUUCUGAACGUCAAUUAACACAUUUUCACAUUUUAUGAAAAAUAAUUGUUUCCAUACGAAGGUUUUCUCUUCUUGGAGAGGAUCCUAAAUCUUUAGUUUCUGUCCAUGACCCUAAAAAAGUUUAGGAAGAGAAUCUGUUUUAAUUCUCUAUAAAUGGCUCUCCUGUGUAUAGGGACUGACCAUUAUUUGUCAUUCUCUAGCAAACAAUAUAUAUGUUAAAUGUUCAGUAGUAAAAUGUGUAUAUCUUUCCCAGAAAAAAAAAAAAAUCUAGAAAUGAUUGUGAGAUCACGAGCUUUCAGAACUAGAAGGAAAAUGAUUCUGUUUAACCCAUGCUCUUCAUUGUAUUGUUGAGACCCUGUGAAUUGGCUCAGGGCUCACAUUUUGAAAAAGGUCUGUUUCUAUUGAUUUUUGAACAAGUGAGAGACAUUGAUGUGAGAGAAAACAUUGAUUGGUUGCCUCCCACAGGCGCCCUGACUGGAUGGAACUGGCAACCUGGUUAUGUGCCCUGACCAGGCGUAAAAUUGGCAACCUUUUGGUGCACAGGAUGAUGUUCAACCAACUGACCCACACCAGCCAGGGCCGGGUUCACAUUUUGGAUGAAGUCAGACCCAGAUCUAGAUCACAAGCCCCUCCAUUACUGCUGCUCUCCUUAGUGCUUACAUAUGUGUAACAUUCCUAUCAGAACCAGUUUUCAUUGUAAGCAGUGGUUCUUUGUGUGAAUGGAAGAGAAACCCCUUAACCAAGCCCCUUAGACUUUCUGAUAACUUAUGGCUCAAUUUUUCUCAACUGUAUAAUGGAGGUACUACCAGUGUCUACCUCAGAGAGUUGUGUGAAUUCGUUUGAUAGCGUGUAUAAUGUAUUUAAAACAGUGCCUGGCAAAUAGUGCUACCUGUGUUGGAUAGUAACAUUAGCAAUAUUACUAUUUUUAACAUCCUAAGGAAUGUGGGAAGAGAGUGUCUAUGGAUGAUCACUGAAAUAUGAUAGUGCAAUUUGCAAUAUAAAAAUGUAUAAUAAAAUGCUUAUUUAUAGUGUAUCCAUGUAAUAUGCUGACAUUAAAAUUAUGAAAAGUUCAGUAACAGGAA